CAAACCUGGAACAAUGACAACCGAAGAAAGGAUAACUAUAGAGCUUGCAACUCUUGGUCGACCAUUCCAACUUGGAAUGCUGUAUGACUGUCGCAAUGACUCCCUCAUCCCAGGUAUGACAUUGUGGGACAUGGACACACUUAAAAAAGAUGUUGACCUGCGAUCUCAACACAACACAGAGUUCCAGAUCAUUGCCUCUGAUUCCAUCGAGGAUAAAUCAUCUGCUCUGAAUAUAGAAGCAUCGCUGAAAGCAAGUUUCUUAGGAGGUUUAGUGGAGGUGAAAGGAUCUGCCAAAUACCUUAAAGACACAAAGAGCUCUAAACACCAGGCUCGUGUCACACUGCACUACCGAACAACCACCAAAUUUAUGCAGUUAACUAUGAAGCAACUUGGUCGUGGGAAUGUUCAGCAUCCAUACGUGUUCGAUCAGGGCACAGCAACACAUGUUGUCACAGCAGUGCUUUAUGGUGCUCAGGCAUUUUUUGUGUUUGAUCGUGAUGUUUCCUCUGGUGAGGACCAUCAAGAUAUUCAAGGAAAUCUGCAGGUUAUGAUAAAAAAAAUACCAAUGAUUGCAAUUGAGGGGGAGGGUUCUCUUAAAAUGGCAGACAAUGAAAAGUCUAGUACUGACCAGUUCACUUGCACAUUCUAUGGAGAUGUUGCACUUGAUAACAACCCUGUUUCAUUUCAGGAUGCCCUUAAAAUAUAUUCCAUACUCCCAAAACUGCUCGGGGAUAAUGGUGAACAUGCAGUGCCAAUGAGAGUCUGGCUAUACCCAUUAAAUAAAAUAGAUUCCAGCGCUGCCCAAAUUGUUCGGCAGAUCAGUGUAGGACUGGUCAAUCAUUCACAGAAUGUGCUAGAGGAGUUCAGUGAACUAGAAAUGCGUUGUAAUGACAUGCUGAAAGAUAAAGUUGUCUUUCAGUUCCCUGAGAUUCGCAAAAAGAUUAAGCAUUUUAAAUAUAUGUGUCUCGAGUACAAAUUGGUUUUCCAGAAGAAACUGGCAGGAAUGCUGCCAUCCAUUCGGGGGGGUGGACAAGAGGAAAGCAGGCUAGCAGACAUCUUGAGAAAUAAGGAACAGUCACCAUUUAAAACCCACUUUCUUGAAAGCUGGUUAGAUUGUAAGAUGAGAGAAAUCAAUGUCCUCAGGAUGUAUAUCAGCUUGAUGAAAGACAUAAAAAUGUUGUCUUCAAAGAGUGAACAUGAUAUGGCAGUAUUGGAUCACAAGGCCAAGUAUGUUGUCUGUUUUGCAUUCACAUCACUGUGUCAGGAAGAAACAUAUAUUUCAGAUCUAGAACCCAUUCCACUUUACAAGUGCCUG